AUGUUACCCAUCGUCAGGAAGUUCUCAAAAGGCUACAGAAACAAGUUGUACUGUCAGCUUGAGAAAUGCAGGUUCUUCCAGGAUCAAGUACACUACUUGGGAAUCAUAGCCAAUGGGGAAGGGGUAUGUGCAGACCCUGAAAAAAUUUCCAAAGCUGUUGAUUGGGCAACACCCCAGACAGUUAAAGGGGUUCAAGAGUUCUUAGGUUUUGUCAACUUCUACAGGCGGUUCAUUAUGAACUUCUCCAAGCUUGCAUAUCCACUCUACCAACUGUUGCGCAAGGAGAACCCUUGGAAGUGGGAGUUCUUCCUUGAGUGUGAUGCAUCAGAUUAUGCAACUGGUGCAAUCCUUAGCCAAAAAGGUGGAGAUGACAAACUCCAUCCUGUGGCCUUCCUUUCAAAGAGCCUAUCACCUGCAGAAUGCAACUAUGACAUCUAUGACAAAGAGUUGCUUGCAUCCUCACAGAUCACAAAAACCUGGAAUAUUUCCAAACAAAGAGGGAACUUAACAGGCGCCUGGCUCCCAAAACAAAAAGCUGAUAUCCUUUCCAGGAGAGAAGACCUGAAAGGGGAGGCUAAAGGGGGGGGUGAAGCCCCUGCACUUAUUGCACCAGAGCUUUUUAUAUCUUCAAUUCUCACAGACAGUGACCUCAAUGACCUUAUCAGAGAUGCACUGCCUGAUGACAAAACUGUUGCCAAAAUCCUGAAGUCCUUGGAGGAAAACAUUCCUGUUAAAGGCUGGUCUCUGGAUAAUGGGUUGCUCUACUACCACCAGUGCAUUUAUGUACCCAAUGAACCAGAAAUCAGGCGCCUUGUCCUUGAAAGCAGGCAUGAUAAUCCUUCCACAGGCCAUCCAGGACAGUGGAGAACCAUGGAGUUGCUGUCUCGCCAUUAUUAUUGGUCUGGGAUGAAGCAAUCUGUGGCCAAAUACAUUCAGGCAUGUGACUCAUGCAUUAGAAGUAACAUUCCAACCAGGCAAAGAUGGGGUUACUCCAACCUAUUGAUCUACCCAGAAAGCCUUGGAGGAAAUUACAUAUGA